GAUUGUAAACUGAAGUGGAAAUACAUUCGUGAUUACUAUAUGAGGAAGAAGAAAGAAAACAAAUUGCCCACAGGAUCAGCAGCCACUUCCCAAAAAGAUGACUGUAUCUUACGGCGUUUAUCCUUCCUAGCGGACUCUUUGGAAACAGCCCCAACGAUUGGAAAUAUUGCGGAGCCUGAUAAUGACGAUACAACUCAAGGCGAUGGUGCGAUUGACGAUUUAAUACGUGAGGAAGAGGCAAAUGAUGGUGCAGCAUCUGAAACGGUCAUUUCCCCAGUUUUGGAGGCCUCAACUUCUGAAUCCCAAACAGUAGCACCGGGCGCAUUGCAAUCCACACCUACGAACUCAGCUACACCAAAACGUCAAGCUUCACCGAAAAAAAGUCCUUUUAAGAAAAGAGCUUCAGUUCGGGAUAGGGCGUUUCCGGAGUUCCAAAAGCAAUCUAAGGAAAGAUUAGACUUAAUGAAAAGCUUCCUUGAAACAGAAAGAAAUCGGCAGGUACCGCCGAUGCCGACAGAAACUCCAUCUCACUCACCCAAUUCGGGACUACUUCAAGGGCAUUGCUUCAGCUGUAAUAAAUUUACCUCCUCUCCUUCAACUUGAAGCUAAACGCGAAAUAUCAAACAUUGUCGUUAAUUUAGAGUAUAGAGCAUUACAAGAGCAAAUUGCCGCGCCCGUGCACGCCAUGUCCACCUCAAAUUCUUUGGGGACUUCACAGUAUAAUUCAAACUCAGCAGUAUACUCGCCGCCUUCCAACUCUGCGGUGUCAGCUGUGUAUUCCCCUUCCUCAAGCGAUGAAACUGCUAAUGAUAACACAUUCUUUACUAAUUUGUAAACUACAUUGUUAUUUUCCAUUUAUGUACCAAUGUAUUGUUUCCACAUAACUAAUAAAUUAUUUCUUUUUCACUUA